CCUGUUUCAAGGAACAUGAAAGGAUUAUCUGGCGGGCGUAAUCAAUCACAAUUAUGUUCUGCGCAUACUUGUGGUUUACCAUCCCCUGAAGAUUGUGAACACAGCCACGAUCAUCUUCAUCAUGGCCAGGAGUCAAGGCAAUCGUAUCUUCUCAGCCCAACUGAGAGUUGCCCAGUGGAUCAUCAUCGCUGCUCACCACGAAGCUCCAUCCAUUCAGAAUGUAUGAUGAUGCCCAUGGUUAUGGGUGAUCAUAUGUCCAGUAGCACUUUCCCCAGAAUGCACUACACCUCACACUACGAUACUAGGGACGAUUGCACCAUGUCUCAUGCGAACACUAAGGUUAACCGGAUCCCGGCAAAUUUGCUGGAUCAAUUUGAGAAGCAACUUCCUCUCCAUAGGGAUGGCUUUCACACUUUGCAGUACCAAAGGACAUCAACAGCAGCUGAACAACGCAGUGAAAGCCCAGGUAGAAUACGUCACCUUGUUCAUUCAGUCCAAAAACUGUUCACAAAAUCACAUUCUUUGGAAGGAUCUUCCAAGAGCAAUGUAAAUGGGGCAAAGGGAGAUGGCCGAGGUGAUGACCAUCAUCAUGGACAUCAUUCUAAACAUAGCAAAAGAAGUAAAAGUAAAGAACGAAAGCCUGAAAGUAAGCAUAAAACUGGAAUGAGCAGCUGGUGGAGCUCUGAUGACAACUUGGACAGUGAUAGCACUUACCGAACACCUAGCGUGGUAAACAGGCAUCAUGUAGACCAUAUCUCUCAUUGCUAUCCUGAGGCUCUUCAGGGACAUUUUGGGGAUCUCUCAUUAAAGACUUCAAAAAGUAACAAUGAUGUGAAAUGUUCAGCUUGUGAAGGUCUUGCCAUGACCCCUGAUGGCAAGUACAUGAAAAGGAGCUCUUGGUCUACCCUCACAGUAAGCCAAGCUAAAGAAGCUUAUCGGAAGUCGUCUCUUAAUCUAGACAAGCCUUUAGUUCAUCAGGAAAUAAAACCCUCCCUGAGACCAUGCCAUUAUCUUCAGGUACCUCAAGAUGAAUGGGGAGGUUACCCUGCUGGUAAAGAUGAGGAGAUUCCCUGCAGAAGGAUGAGAAGUGGAAGUUAUAUUAAAGCCAUGGGAGAUGAGGAAAGUGGAGAUUCUGACACUAGUCCCAAAACAUCACCAAAGGUAGCAGUCCAUCCGGAAUCAUUGUUAAAAUCUAUUGGACAAAGAGCCCUUGGUGACCUCCAGAAUCAGAGCUAUCUGCAAGCUACAAGUGAAGUGCCUGGUGGCCAUACGCUGGAUCCUUCGGCAAACUACAAUUCCCCUAAGUUUCGAUCAAGGAAUCAGAGCUAUAUGAGAGCAGUAAGCACACUCAGUCAGGCCAGCUGCGUUAGCCAGAUGAGUGAAGCAGAGGUCAAUGGGCAAUUUGAAUCUGUUUGUGAAUCAGUGUUUAGUGAAGUUGAAGCUCAGGCCAUGGAUGCCCUCGGCUUGCCAGGUUGCUUCCGAACCAGAAGUCACAGUUAUCUGCGUGCCAUUCAGGCUGGUUACUCUCAAGAUGAUGAAUGUCUCCCUUCAAUGGCAUCUUCUAACAUCACCUCAACAAUCAGGUCAACAACAGCUGUAACUUACACAAGUUACAAAAAGACCCCGCCACCUGUACCCCCGCGAACCACCUCAAAGCCACUCAUUUCGGUUACAGCACAGAGCAGCACAGAAUCCACCCAGGAUGCCUAUCAGGAUAGCCGGACUCAGGGGAUUUCCCCGUGGCCUCAGGAUGGCCUCAGGAUGUACAAUUCCACUGACAGUUUGGAUAGCAACAAGGCUAUGAAUCUGGCCAUGGAAACGGCAGCUGCACAACGCCACAUGUCGGACAGUCAAAUCAGCUCCGUAAGAACCAGCGACAAGGCCAUCCUCGUGACAAAGGCUGAGGAGUUCCUGAAGAGUCGGCGCUCCUCUAUUGGGAUCCAGGUGGAAGCAGCAACUGAUUCAGAUACCGACAGCAGAGGCAUACGGGAGUAUCAUUCGGUUGGAGUGCAAGUGGAAGAUGAUAAACGCCAUGGACGAUUUAAGCGCUCAAACAGUGUAACGGCAGCUGUUCAAGCCGAUUUAGAACUUGAAGGCUUUCCUGGACACAUAACAAUGGAGGACAAGGGACUUCAGUUUGGUGGCUCUUUCCAGCGACAUUCAGAGCCAAGUACUCCUACUCAGUAUGGUGCAGUAAGAACUGUACGGACACAAGGCCUGUUUAGUUAUAGAGAAGAUUAUAGGACCCAGGUUGACACCUCCAAUCUCCCACCACCUGAACCUUGGUUGGAACCAUCCAUUGAGACUGUUGAAACAGGACGAAUGUCUCCAUGUCGCCGGGAUGGGUCAUGGUUUAUGAAGCUGCUACACACUGAGACAAAAAGGAUGGAAGGAUGGUGCAAAGAGAUGGAGAGAGAAGCAGAAGAAAAUGAUCUUUCUGAAGAAAUUCUAGGUAAGAUCCGAAGUGCUGUAGGAAGUGCACAGCUGCUAAUGUCACAAAAAUUCCAGCAAUUCUAUUGGCUUUGUCAACAGAAUUUGGAUCCCAGUGCUAUGCCCCGGCCAACUUCACAGGACCUAGCAGGAUUCUGGGACUUGUUACAACUCUCAAUUGAAGACGUCAGUAUGAAGUUUGAUGAACUGCAUCAGCUGAAACUGAAUGAAUGGAAAAUAAUAGAAUCGCCCGAAAAAAAGGAAGAGAGAAAGGUCCCUCCGCCUGUACCAAAGAAGCCCCCUAAAGGAAAAUUCCCCAUCACCCGAGAGAAGUCUUUGGAUCUGCCUGACCGACAGCGCCAAGAAGCUCGAAGACGCCUCAUGGCUGCUAAGAGGGCAGCCUCUUUCCGGCAAAACUCUGCUACGGAGCGUGCAGACAGCAUUGAGAUCUAUAUCCCAGAAGCCCAAACGAGGCUUUAA